AUGGCCAAGAAGAACAAGCCUCAACGCGUCAGUGUCACGCGCCCCGGCACGAAAUCCAGACGUUCCCAAAUGAAUUCUCAUGAUAAAGACGGUGCACCUCCCUCGCCCCCGCCCACCAACCCUGAGACCGUACCACCUUCGGGACAUGACGAUAUUGAGGAAGAGGAUGACGACGAGGAUACAGAUGAUACCGACCAAGACUCGGACAUGCCCCUACGCCAAGACACUCAGGGUGCCGUAACAGCCCUGUCCCCACCCAAACCUACUUUCGAUCCGCGUAUUAAAGCUGUCCCCGAGAAACUUCAGUUUUAUCUUCAGCCCAACGCGAAUUUAGAAAAAAAACCUAGUACGAUGGCUACCUUACUUGCGAUGAUACAACAUUUCUUCCCUUUGUAUAAACCCCCGAGUCGCCACUCAAAAGCAUUCUUGAUCCGUGCCUAUACUGAAAAAGUGGUCCCCAUCAUUUUGGUAUACAUCAAUUCAAUUACCGCGGAGAAGGAAGAAAGUGGAGACGUCGAGAUGGCAGGCCAAGAAAAUCUCAAUCUACUACCUCUAACGGGACUCAAUCCAUACAACUCGAAUAUCACGAUAGACAUAAUCCUCGAUUUAAUAACUAAACAAUACGGAUCAAAGCUUCAAAUCCCGGACAAAGUGAACAAAGCGUCUGCGAUUGGCUUCUAUCACAAGUAUCUCUGUCCCGCUCCCAUCGGCGGUUACCCUGCGCCCUUCACAACCUAUCCCCAUCCUGUUCCAAUGCCGUACCACAAAUUGCUCAAUCGCGGUGAACUACGAUACAGCCUUCAAUGGCAUUGUCCGAACGUCUUCGUGCCUAUCAACCCUGCCAAGACGUCCCUCGAAGGAGUUUAUGCGCAAUUUGAGCUUGAUGACAUUGCAGAUGUCCCUUUCCACCCAACCGCAAAGUUCCACCCAACCGCAAAGCUCCACCCAAUCACCAAGUUCAACCCAAACACCAAGUUAGCUCCACCCGAUCUGCAAAGCGCCACCCAAUCUGCAACGCUCAACCCUAUCUGCAUAAGCCACCCGAUCGCCAAGUCACCUGCGUCCUAUCUGGACUGCUCGUUACCAAUCACGCGACGUCAUCAACUUGAAGAUCAGGCGGCGAGUGAGGCACUGUCCUCAGUUACUAACCCCGAAAGUUCACCUGUCGACGAGGUUAAUUCAUUCGAAGACCGCGUCAAUCAAGAGCGGGGUUAUGGACGCAUCGCUGUUUCGUCAACAGCGCGUCGUCAUCAACUGGAUGAUCAGGCGGCGAGAGAGGCACUUUCCUCAGUUAAUAACCCCGAAAGUUCCCCCGUUAUUGAGGAUAAUUCAUUCGCAGACCGCGUCAAUCAAGAGCCGGAUGAGGCCCUGGCUUCCGUGACACAAGCUUUGACAUUGAAUCGGAUGGUUCCCGUUCCCGUUGAGCCUUCACAAGCAGUUUAUAAUUCAGCACAAUGGUUGAUCCCUACGUUUGAAUCAACACCGCCAGCUUUCACCUAUGCAGCGUUAAUUGCCACCAUGUUUGCGAUCCUCCGACCAAACUCAAACCACACCUGUGCUUGGCUCUUGAGAAGGCAGCGCGAUCUCAUUGAACUCACCCUAACGCACCAACUCAAGACCAGUUUGUCGAAUCGUCCACUGAAAUUUACCGAAAGGAAUGAUCUUGACAAACUGCCCCGCGAUGCGGAUAACCUCGUAGAAAAAAAGGUGGCAUCCGAUGAUGACCAACCUGAGCAAUCUGACGACUCCAAUAGUGACCAGGGGUCCGUCGAUCCCGGGGUUUGCGGCCAGCCACUCUUCAAAUAUCGUGGCGCAAUGCCCUUGAUAAGUCACUAA